CUUGAAUGUUGAUAGCUUUAAUCUAUUUCCAACCACUUGAAUGUUAGCUAUAAUCUAUUAUUAAUAAUUACAUUUUGACACCAAGGUCAUCUGUCUCUCCAUACAUAUAUUCUCACCAAGCACCACUAGCACCACUAGCAUUUACAAUGGCUACACCAUUGCAAUACUAUCGAGAUUUACCACCAGUAGCCAAGACGUAUGGUGUCAUCUGUUUAAUGACUUCGGCCGCCUAUUAUUGGGGACUUUAUGAUCUUCGCAUUAUAGCACUUUUUUACGGAAAGGUUCUGAAAAAUUUUCAGAUUUGGAGGCUUAUCACAAACUUCUUCUUCCUUGGGCCAUUUUCAUUUACAUUUGCAUUUCGACUUCUGUUAAUAGCAAGGCAUGGAGUCCAACUAGAAAGGGGACCCUUCGACAAGAGGACAGCAGAUUAUCUAUGGAUGUUCAUCUUUGGCGCCCUGUCACUACUGGUGAUGGCAAUUGUUCCACUCCUAUGGAGUCCAUUCAUGGGAGCUUCCAUAGUUUUUAUGAUAGUCUAUGUUUGGAGCCGCGAGUUCCCAAACGAGCGUCUUAAUAUUCAUGGCCUCUUUCAACUCAAGGUAUGUUUAUGUUUAUGUUAUCUUUCCCUUUUUCGCAAUUGCUAUGAUUAUAAAGUAAUGUUUGGUUGAUUAAAAUAAAAUAAA